CGUCACGAUCCAAAAAUAGCUAUAAUUAGCACAUCACAUCUCAUCGCGAUAUACUUUAUCAGUCCUAUCAGUUGUGCUUCACGAGAGUUUCUCGAGAAAGGAAGUCAGAAAAGACUGUACCUGGUACUUUUCAUUAAAUUCUUUUCGAAAAGCUUAUAUCAUUGAUCAAACUCCUCCUCUCUUCAAAACACAUAUUUUCACUCUCUCAAGCCAUUUUUCCAUUUCAAAAGGUGUUGCUUGCUUUCUUGCACGGGUUGGUUGUAUCACUAUUUGAUUACGGGUUGUUUCGAGUUUUCCUCACGCAUUUUCAUAUUGCCUGGAGCAGAGCAGAGCAGAGCAGAGCAGAGCAGAGCAGAGCAGAGCAGAGCAAAGCAGAGCAGAGCAGAGCAGAGAUAAAGCAAAGCAAAGCAAAGAUCACAAUCAAUUCAAUUUUUUAUCCAUCUCGUCAUCCCAUCCGUCCAUCAACACGAACAACCCUCGGUCGCAACCUUAUUGGCAACACCCUCCACCAAUUUGUUAUCUACUCCUUUAACUACAAUUUUAUAUAACGACAUCUAUCGGCUUCAACCAAGUACAUUUAAACUAUCAUCCCACAUCAGAUAUAUUGCUCCGCCACUGUUCAAACAAUCGAUUACUGUACUUGCUUGUGUCCCUCAAUAUCGCCGCCAUUGUACUAUAAUCUCACACUAAACCUCUUGCUCCUUUGUCAAAAAGUUUAUUCAUUGAUGUCCACGAUUCUACGCGACCUUACAUACAACUCAACGAGUUCGACUUCAAUAGUGGCUCUUUGAUUACACGUCUGAAACUGGACCAAUUCACCCAACCAGUAUUUAAACCACAGGAACGGCGCGCCGCUGCCGCAAUGGGGAGAAGAAAGAUUGAGAUCAAAGCUAUCAAGGAUGAUAGGAAUCGCUCAGUGUAUGUUCUCUUUGUGCAAAUAUAAUCUGCGGCGCAAAAUACUAAUCACACUCUCACAGGACCUUUUUGAAGCGCAAAGGAGGAUUAUUCAAGAAGGCGCAUGAGCUUUCCGUUCUCUGCUCCGUCGAUGUCGCGGUUAUUAUAUUUGGCAGUAAUAAGAAGUUGUACGAAUAUUCUAGUAGUGACAUUGGAGAGAUUAUGACAAGAUAUCAAUACGUACGUGUUUUACCGCGUCCGGCGCAAAAGAUACAAACUGACAUUUAUUAUAGUAUGGAGGAGCCAACGAACACAAAGGGCCUAGCGAUUACGGCAAAGGAAAGGGCAUGGAUGACGACGACGAUGAUGAUGACGGAUCCCCUCCUUCUCACCAUGGAUCAGAACCACCGCAGAUGAUGCCUCCUCAAUUCCAACACCAACCAUAUCAGCAUAUUCGCCAUCAUACUCCCGCCUCUCCUCCAAUUCCCAAUGGUGUCUUUCAACAUCUUCCCCAACAGCGACAACAUACACCACAACCUGGAAUGGGAUCUCGACCAUCGUCUAGAAACGCUCCACGAAGACAAAGCUCCUUGGUACCACAACAUUCUCAUGGCCCUCCGACCAACGGUCAAUUUGCAUAUGCGCCGAAUCCACCACCUUACAACUCCCAAAUGACGCCUGGUCUGCCACCACAUUCUCAUAGCCUUCCGCAGCAUAUACAAGGUCCGCCUCAAGGAAUUCCCCAUCCACAUCAAAGUCCCGGACCACAAUACGCACAUUUUGCACCCCCGCACCACCCACAACAUCAUCCUCAACACCACCCUCAUCCCCAACCACAUAUGCAGCAGCAUCCGCAACAUCCUCAGCAACACCCACAACAACACCCACAGCAACACCCACAGCAACACCCACAACAACACCCACAACAACACCCACAACAGCAUGCUCAGCAGCACCCUCAACAGCACCCACAACAAAUCCCUCAACAACAUCCUCAUCCGCAACAAGUACAGCAACUGUAUGUGGAGGAACAAAGAAGAUCUUCUGUACCACCGGCAUUUCAGCCACAAGAAAGACCCGCAUCUUCGCGAGCAACUCCUUCCCCUCCGCAGCCGCAGCAACAGCAAAUGCCACAACCUCCACCACCACAACCACAGCAGCCUCAACCAUCGCCAGAACAGCAACAAGCACAACCUUCGCAACAAAUGCUGGAGCCGAUCAAGCGCUCAUCGAUAAAAUCCAGAAGUAUCUUUACGCCAAUUGACGAGAGUCGAUCAAUUUUAUCCCAACACUGGGCAAGCUCAACUUCCAAUACCGAUGCAGUAAAGGAAGAACCUGGAGAUCGAUCUCAGUCUGUGGAUGUUACAGUAAAUCUUGUCAAACCGCCUUCUCCACCUCAAAGAUCACAAACGCAUAACAAAAAUCGCAACAUAUCCAUGUCAUCCUUACCAGAUGGAUUUACCCCACCAUCUCGUACAAACAGUGCACAGCUAAGUGUUGGUGGUGGCAAGCGGCCUAUAUUGAAGGUGCAAAUUCCAGAAGAAGCAUCAGAUAAUGGUGGAUCUGCCACUGCAGAAGAUCUCUCAUCCCCACGAUCUGCAGGUGCCACUAACCCGAAGGCACGUCGCAAUGGCGGCGACCAUGGCGGAAUGGUACUCCCACCACCUUCACCUUCCGCCUCAGCUUUGCUGUCAGCCGGUGCAUCGGGCCCACCGAAUCCUUUUGCACGACCGCAUCCCGUCACACAACCUUCGCAGGGAUCCAAUGCGAGUGGAAAUAACAAUAAUUCGAACAACAACAUAAUAGAAAGCGUGACACCAGUCUCAGCUCUUCCGUCGCGUUUCAUGAACAAUGAAUUCCUCCCAAGUCCUUCAUCGUUCUAUCCCGAGUGGAAUUAUGGGAGAGGCGGUGAUUCUAAUACAUUACCUAGUCCUCUAAAUUUUGCAACCCCUGUUGUGGGAACAGGCCCAAGUUUCCUAAGAGAUGAUAAUGGCGAUAGGGGUGGUAAAAGAAAGACGCCCGAACAAGAUGAGAACCGAGAUGGUGGAGAUCAGAAAAGAGUGAAGCAUGAAGGAUAAAGUGCACCUCGUGCUCCUCGCCAUCAAGCCGAGGGUUUUGAGCAUGAAUUGGUAUGAAUAUGAGAUUCACGAACACGUGUAUUUGAUUGCGGGAAAGCUAAAAAGAGAUAAUGUCUUUCUUGUGGGUGGAUCAGAAGUCGUUUUAAACCCUUUGGAAAAACUUAUUUGCAUUACAUUUGGGAAGGGCGUUUCACUUUUUUUUCUUUUCUGGAGAUGAAUUGGAGGUACACUUUUAUUUGUUUUAUUUUUUUUGGUAUUUUUGGCUUUUACUUAUUCCCCAUUCGAAGAUUCUACCCUUCUCUGUCCACCCUGCACUCUUCUUUCCUGAAAUCCUGUCAAUUGUUCUGUUUGGAAGGCUGGAAGGCUUCCAGUAAUCACUUGUGAAUACAAUGUGAAGUUGAGUUUUGCCUUUGAUUAUGUGAGAUGGGUUUGGAUGGCAGGCCAUGCAUUUUACUCCUUUGUAAAUACCCUUGGGAUUUGUGGAGAAGGCGUUAUUCACGUGACACUUCUUUUCCCUUUUUGCUUUCUUGAUUUGAGUUUAAGUCUGAGUGUGGUUUGGGUUGAAGGGUUUGGUGAUGGAAUUGAACGGGAAGGGUUUUAUAUGGAUGAGUGAGAGUGGAUGGUGUAUGAGUUGUUGGUAGAUAAGUAAGAUAGUUGAAAAUACAAUGUAGGGAAGAGAGGAAUGAAAAUAAAAUUGCUUAAAUAA